AGUGAUAGUCGCAACUCCCUAGAUAUCAAGGUGCAAGUAGCCGACUACUGUCCUUUCAACCGCCGACAUCGCAUAAAGAAGUGAGGUUCAAAAAUGAAGACCUUUGUGUUAUUAAGUUUGGCGCUCUGCGUGUUUGUUGCAACAAGCACAUCUGCCCCCGCAACUACAACAACACCACCAUCUACAACCGGUUCAACAACAACUGUAACGUCUUCGCCAACAACUAACAUGAGCUCAAAUGCCACUACUGCUGGGCCCACCUCUACAUCAGAUGGCACCACUUCACAAGCGCCCUCCACACAAACGACCACAGCGGCUUCCAACUCCUCGACCCCUGACGCUACUUCAAUGCCAACAACGUCUAUGAAUCCGUCCACUGGUCCCUCAAAUACAUCAAUUACCACACACAAAAUACCUGCGACUACCAAUACAGCAGCCACCAAAUCAACUUCUGGUAUCUUUAUUGGCGCUAUGUUGACCGCUUUCGCCGUCAUUAUGGUCAAGUUCUAAGCUGGCAUUAACUUUUGGAUUCAAAGAGAUCGGUGUCCAUAAGCGGUGGUGUGAAUAUUCAUUUCGUCGACGAAUCAUGACGAAUUUCUAUCUGAAGUGAUUAUCGACGAUAUAUUGUGUCAUCAAGUGAUAUGUUUGACAAAAGUUCUCAUAAUUUGUGCAGUAAUUUGCAACAUUUACCUCUGAAAUAAUAUUCAUCGAACAAAGUGUAUAUGUAUAUUAAAGAAUAUUUAAAAUAUCCCACCGGAGUAAUACAUUUUAUUUCCAUCCUGAGACGUAAAUACUUCUUAGCAUUUUUAAUAUUUUGGUUUAAGUUAUAAUGUGAAUAUAUAGACUAAUGAUUAAAAAAAAUCUAUAUCAACUAACGUCUCGUCAGGUCUAAUAUGGCGUGACCUUAUUUUGAUAACAAAUUACAUGUAUAACAAUUUGAAAUUGCAUGUUCAUACAAGAUAAAAAAAAUCAAAAUUGUGUUUGUUUUAUGGUGUUAUCAUCUGACUGUCUUCCAAUCCAUAUAUGCUCAUGUGAAGAUUAUAAUUAUAAACGAGUGAUUUUGUUUGUAGGCAAUUGCUCUGUAAUCAACAAUGAUAUCAUGUAUAUUCCGAUUGGCUAUUAUGCGUUACACAUUCGGAACUCCUCGGCCACUUUUCUCGAAAACGACCUCGGAUGUAUGCCCGAUUAGUAGAAGUAGUUCGUAAUAUGUUAAAUUGUAUCAUUAAUUGAAUGAAAUGUUUUAGCUUGUAUUUAUUGAUCUAAGUUUAAAUUGAUUGCCAGUGAAGUGUAUUAUUGCAAACACAAUUGAGAUUCCCAAGAGUUAAGACAUUAAGUUAAACUUCUAAAUUAAACUACUACGCGAUCUACUUGCAUACCGAUUUCUGAGUAUGUAAACCGUCCAAAUACAUCCGAAGUUGUUUUCGAUAAAACUGUCCAAGGAUUUCCGAAUGAUAUUCCCAAUGGCCUUUAUGCGUUACAAUGUCAAGCAACAAAUGAUGGAUUUCAAUAAACCUUCAAUAAACCUUG